AUGAAACUACUUGAAUCGAUUAUAUUAACUACGGUUAUUAUUAUUACAGGUAUUGGCGUAUUUUUUACUUUAAUUGGUUUAACAACUUCAAAUUGGUCAAGAAAUGGUUAUGGUCUUUGGAAUUGUAAUAAUGUUUGUUCAAAAUCUACUGCUACUUUCGCUAUUUUAGCUCUUCUUUUUCUUGUUAUUAGUAUUAUCAUAUUAGUUACUCUUCUUCUUCGUUUAUUUCCUGAAAAAUUACGCAUUCUACCUUUAGGUUUACUUAUGAUUGGAACAUUCUGUCUUCUGAGUUCAACUGGAUGUUAUUUACGACAUUUUCGACUUGUUGGUUAUAGUUAUGAAUUAAUAGAUACAGCUCAUGGUUUUGUUUUUCUUGCUUCUGUUUUACUUGCUUUUUGGUAUGGUAUAACAAUGAAUGAAAGAGUAGUUACAAAUGCUGCGGGGUCUACAAUAUCAUCAUCAACAAUUGAUUUUCCUUCGUCGUAA